UGUGACUAUGGAGAUGCCUCGUCGUCCACCGGAAUAAAUAACAACCCAUCAAGAAAACGCAAACGCAACAGUUUUUCUUCAAAAUCAAAGCAUGGGAAUCGCGGAGGAUGCUCAGAAUGUGAAGGUAAUAGGGGCCGGACAGCAGAUUGUGGUUCUAGGGCAUGGAUUCGGAACAGAUCAAUCGGUGUGGAAACACCUAAUUCCACAUCUACUUGAUGAUUACAAGGUAAUUUUGUACGAUAACAUGGGUGCCGGAACUACUAAUCCUGAUUAUUUCGAUUUCGAGCGGUACAGAACUCUUGAAGGCUUUGCUUAUGAUCUUCUCGCCAUUUUGGAAGAACUUCAUGUUGAUUCCUGUGUGUUUCUUGGUCACUCUGUUUCCGCCAUGAUCGGCGCCCUUGCUUCCAUUACUCGCCCUGAUCUCUUCCAGAAGAUUAUUAUGCUCUCACCUUCCCCAAGGUAUUUAAACGAUGAAAACUACUUUGGAGGCUUUGAGCAAGAAGAUCUAGAGCAGUUAUUCCAAGCAAUGCAGUCAAAUUACAAGGCUUGGUGCUCUGGUUUUGCCCCGCUAGCUGUUGGUGGCGACAUGGACUCUGUUGCAGUUCAAGAGUUUAGUCGAACUCUAUUCAACAUGCGUCCAGACAUAGCGUUGAGUGUGGCGCAGACCAUCUUUCAAAGUGACAUGAGAAACAUACUUAGCUUCGUUACCGUCCCUUGUCACAUCAUCCAAAGUAUGAAGGACAUGGCGGUUCCAGUGGUCGUUUCAGAGUACCUCCACCGCAACCUCGGUGGCAACUCAAUUGUUGAAGUCAUGGAGUCAGACGGGCACUUGCCACAACUAAGCUCCCCUAAUACCGUGAUUCCGGUGCUUCUUAAGCAUAUUAAGUACGACAUUGCAACCUAGUUUUGUUGUUACGAGUGUGUAUAUAUAUUAUGUUUUUAUUUUCUUUCAUCCAUGAUUUGUUAGGAAUGGAUGUUUGGGAAACUUUACUCCAUGUCGCUUCCUUCUUAUGCCAAUAACGUAAUUGUGUUCGGGACUUCUCAUUUUAGUUUUUGAAAUUUGAGCCUAUUUGAUUUUCUAUCCA